AGUUUACAGCGAACAAGAAGAAAAACAGAACCACCUCUUUUGAAGGAGAAGAAGAAAGUAACAAAACUCUAGAACAAGAGGUUCUUACAGAGGACCUAAACAUAGACAUGAACCAAACAGAAGAAACUCCUUUACCCAACUCUGAGGAAACUUUAACCAACUCAGAAAAGGUUAGGGAAGAGGAGACAGUAAACCCCACAAUGAUGGAAGAAGACUCGGAAGUUUCCAACAAUGAAACUCUCAUUGUAGAAACAGAAGAACCUCAAGCCCUAAACUCCCCUCUGGUACUAAUUGCUAACGAAAUUAACUUGCAGCCUCGUUGUGCUAAUGCUGAAGAGGAAUUCACCGUUGUCUCAUACAAAAGAAAAAAAGACAAGAAAACUUCUACGAAACAAAAG